AUGUUUGACUACGGCAACGGCCUGCAUGUAGGUGCCCAUUUCUCAGCCGCAGCUCUGGAGCAGUCCUCCACCCCCGCGCACCACACCGGCGCAGGAUGUGACGGCGCCGCGAAGCAUGUGGCCCUCCGCUCCGGUCACAUGGCCGUCACCACCGACCACGGGACACCACGGGUUCCGAAAUCCUCGGGCGCGCGCCAGGAUCUAUCCGUCCCUCGUGGCCGUCCCCUUCGCCUCGGCCCGCUCGCGCAGCCGACUUGUCCCUGUCGAUGUUCAUGUUGA